ACCACGUGAGAAAGACAUCUUAAAUUUCUGAAAAAAGCCGCGAACUCAAUUGUUUCGUGACUUCGAGUUUACACACUCUCAACGCAAAUUAUCACAAAAUGUCGACCAGCACGAUGCAUUUUGGCCCCGAAUGGAUGCGCACCAAGCAACCAGCAUUUCGGAUGCAGGCCGAGCCGACUCCACCACCGCCAGCAAGUGCUCCGGCUUCAUACGCGUCCACAUAUUCUGCUCUUGUCUCUUCUGCACCACCACCACUCUCCGAUAGCCGAGAUGAGGCCCACCCUUUCAGGUAUUCCAAAGAGGAGCUCCUUCAAAUUUUCCGUGAUGGAGGUGGACAGGGUGGCUUGGGCCUGGAAGUCGAGCGCUGGGAAGGUGUCGUUCGUGAAAUAGGAACAGAGCCUACAUCCCUACGCGAAAUGGGAGAGGCCGAAAAGAAGGUGAGUGCAGCCCCAAGAUGUUCAGUCCGUACUGUCGCGUUUUCGUCUGCUGACUGGGGCCUCAUGUCCUGCAGCUCUUUUCGGUCUCCUUGAACUCAGAUUUACGCCGUCGCCAGUCCACCGACUACCUUCCUGCCUCGUCCGGCCAGAAUUCUGGAGCAGACAGACCUAGGUUGGCCCACGUAAACUCAGCUACGGG